UAUGCGUUACGAAGUUGGUUGCAUUUGUUUUUUAUUCGCGUUCUAUUUUUGUGUGUGACGGUCCUGUCGAGUUGAAAGGAUAUUAUUUUGCAAAAAAAUUGAUGAUAUUCGUGUAGAUCGAGUCAUUUGCAAAUUUCCUCCCGAUUGCGAAACUAAGUAAAAUGCAGAACGGAGAAGAAACACCGGUGGCAGCAGAAACAGCGCCGACGCUGCCAGAGGAAAUCACAAAGCAGUCGUUCCGGCUCAAGAUAUGGCGUCACUUGGAGACCAACGGCCUGGCAAUGUUCCCCCGGCCAGUAUACAACCGUAUACCCAAUUUCAAAGGCGCCGCCGAGGCAGCCGCGAAGCUGGCCGAGUUGGACGUCUUCAAGAAUGCCAACAUUAUCAAGGUCAACCCUGAUAAACCCCAAGAACCUGUCAGGGUUAUUUGCCUAGAAAAGCACAAGACCUUGUACGUGCCUGUGCCUCGUCUGCAAAAUGGUUUCCUAAACCGUCUGGAGUUGCCCGAAGGAGAAACCAGACCGGCAUCGAUCAGGAAGGCAGUGUCCCGUAACGGCAUGGAGACUUUUGGACAGCCUUUGAGUAUCGAAGAUUCCGUCUCCCUAGAUCUUGUCGUGAUGGGUUCGGUCGCUGUAUCGAAGGAGGGAUAUCGUAUCGGUAAAGGCAAAGGUUAUGGAGACUUGGAGUUUGGUCUCAUGAUGCACAUGAAAGCAAUUAAACCGAACACCCUGGUCGCGACAACCGUACAUGAUUGUCAGGUAUUCGAUACUCUACCAGCUGAGCUGUUUGGGCCGCAUGAUGUACCCAUAGAUCUUAUCAUCACACCAACCCAGGUGAUUGAAACUCAACGUAUGAGCCAGAGGCCAGUUGGCAUCCUGUGGCAUCUCUUAUCGAACCGCCGCAUACAACUUAUGCCCGUUCUCGGACAGCUAAGAGACAUUGAAAUGCUCGCGGGUCGCGCGUGCUCGCUGAAGGAGGACGACACGGACGUGGAGGAGCGCGCGGGCGCCGCACGCAGGCGCACGCGCCGCCGCACGCGCUCGCACAAGAGCCACAGCGAGGGGGAGGGCAACACCACAGAGGGCGAAGAGGGUAAACUGUUCAAGCCCCGUCGUUCGCAGCGCCGUCGCAACAGUAACAAGUCCGUCAGCAAAGACGAGAAGGAGGGAAAGGAGGGUAAAGAGGAUAAGCCGAGGCGUCCGAGACGCCCGAAGCCCGUGAUCGAUUUCUCUGUCAAGAUAUCGAAUAUCAGUCCCAACACUCGGGUGCGCGAUUUGAAGCAAGCGUUGUCUGAACGUGGCGUCAAGCCACAAGUUAUGAUCUGGAAGGGCUUCCGCGGUUUCUGCUAUUUACAUUUCUUCAAGCCAGGACCACAAAAGGGUGAGGGCGACAGUGUCCCGGCUGCGAACAUGGAGAGCGUGCUGGCUGCCUUGUCGCAGAUGUCCGUCGGCGGGUCCGGCGGCGGGCCAGACGAGCCGCGCGACGACAAGCCGCGGCUGCUGUGUGUGGAGCCCGCGCCGCCCCGCAACGCGCCCGCGCCGCCCACUGUACCCGAGGUGAGCCGACCGCUGUGUGUGGAGCCCGCGCCGCCCACUGUACCCGAGGUGAGCCGACCGCUGUGUGUGGAGCCCGCGCCGCCCACUGUACCCGAGGUGAGCCGACCGCUGUGUGUGGAGCCCGCGCCGCCCACUGUACCCGAGGUGAGCCGACCGCUGUGUGUGGAGCCCGCGCCGCCCACUGUACCCGAGGUACAUUAAUUCCUGCGAACCGAAGCGAUCGACGCGGAGUCCCAGCAUUAUAAUGAUUUCUAAACACGCAUAAUAUGAACGUUGCUCGCUUUAUUUGCACAUCGGACGGGGCUCCUGUCGCAUUCCGAUAUUAAUUGUUUUAGCUUUAAGGGUGAUUUUUGUUUGUGUCGUGCCAAUCUGCGACGUUUGUGUAGCUAUAAGCGGAGUCGGAUGAAUAUGUUUGUAAUGUAGGACCAGGACCAUUUCUUACCAAGUUGUAAACAAAAGUAGAUUUAUUAUUAUUCGAAUUUUAUCAAUAGAUGUCUUUAAUUGUUAAAAAAAUAAUAGUUCAUAUAAUUUGAAUUGUUAUUAAAAAUUACAGUUUGAAUAUUUCAAUGUGACACGGUUUUGAAUAACCUACAUACAUAUAUUUCCGUUUAGUGUUGUUGAAGUUUCAAUUGAAUUAAAUUUAAUUGUUAUUAAAGUUGAUUGUUGUAUCUGAAUCCUUCAACAAACCUCAACGUUCAUACGCUUCGAUGUUUUGUUGUUUUUAUCACUCGCGUGGCACGACACAUUGGUUAGAGAGAGUGAGCUAUAUUUACAAAGAAUACGAAAAUAUAUCUUUAUGAAUGUUUUAGUUGUUUCUCUAGUCUUAAUGUUAGAUUAUUAUAUAAAUAUGUUUACGACUCCUCGUUUUCAAUGCAAAUACUUUAAGCAUUCUUCCAUAAUUUUAAAAGAUGCUAUAUUUUAGUAUAGAGUAGAGAUUCAUUGAAGAUUUUAUUAUAUAAAAAAUAUUAAGGUGCUUUCGUAAACGGGACUCCGGACGUGUUUAAUUAAAUUAGUUUAAAAGGAUUUGAUUAGUUUUUAAGAAUAUUUAUUUUGAAAGUUUUCAACGUUCGGACUCCCGUUUCAGUCUCUUGUAUAUUUGUGCCAACUUGUAAACGCGAUAUUAUUAGUGGAGUUUAAAAUAUAUAUGUAUAUAUAUAUAUUUAUUUCUCUUACAUGUUAGCGAUAUGAAUUGAUAUAACUUACAUAUCGAAGUGAAAGGUUGGUAUAAAUAUUUUUUUAACUAAACUUUACUUUUUUCAGUAUUAGGUAACGGGUUAUUUAUGACUCGGAUAGUUAAUAUAUACGUCAUAAUAAUAUAUUUAAAUUAUUUACGCGAAAAUAGAAUUUCGCAAGUCCUAUGGUCUCUUAGAUUGAAAAAAAAAAUAAUACAUAUUUUAUAUGGGAAUUUGUAUUAAUGUAUUUUUCGAAACAUUUCGGUUUCUGUCUGCGGAGUAGUUUGUAGCUUCGUAUACGAAAAACAAAAUGCAUUCUUUUCAUUCAGAAUUAGAACGUCGGUUUGGUAUUCAAGCGCGUUUUUUAUCGUAGAAUAUUUUAAUGCAAAUACAAACAUAUUUACACAUCUGUGCAAAUUUAUUAACGGCGUUUUCUAUUCAAAUGUUUAAAAGUUGUUGUGUUUUUUUUUUUAAUAAGUGCAAUGAAAACGCGACGAAAACGCACAUGAUGCUUUAUUAAGUUUUUAAAUUAUGUCGUCACUAAGCAUAAUAUCUAUUGCUUACUUGUUAACACCGCUGUGUAACUGUUUUCUUUAUUUUUUUGUAAUCUUAUAACGUUGAGUAGCGAGCAUGAUGAUUUUUUUUUUGUUUUGUAUUUUUUUUUUAAUAAAUUUAUUUAACACUU